AGGCAGAAAUGAAAACCCCAUGAAGCAAACUUACAAAUUGCUGUUCUGUUUUCUUUACAUCCACCCUAUGGCAUCAAAAGCACAUGUAUAGAUAAUAACAUUGAACUUGAAAAGCUAGAGGGGUGUAAGUAUCAUCACAAAAAUAUCAGCAGAAAUCAAAUAAAUAGUUGGGAAACUUUUGACUUUAUUAGUGUGGGAAGCUGGGUAAAAACUAUAUAACUGUUAGCAAGGUGAAUACAAAAUCACUUUGUGAGGCCGAUUUGUACGACGACAGAACUAGUCCAUUUUCUAGUCUUUUCCUCCUGCAAUGGCUACCGUAACUUCAAACACAAUUGCUGUUCUUUCAAUUAGUAUAAUUAUAACCAUCUCUGUUACCUCUGUAAAAGGUUGUACUUGUCAACUGAGACAUCCACAGCAAUAUUAUUGCGACGCCAAUUUCGUUUUCCGAGGAAAGGUGUUAGGAAAAUCCCCAUUCCAGUCAGCAGAAAGCUUGCCUGGACAGUAUGAGUAUCAAGUCCAGGUACAGAGAGUGUUCAAAGACCAGGUGCAGGACGGAAUACAUCGGCAAGUUAAACUUGUGACACCAGCAAUGGAGGCACUGUGUGGUGUACCAGAGUUAAUCAUCACCAAAAUAUAUCUCAUAACAGGUAAAGUACUUGAAGGCCAGAUGCAGUUAAGUGUGUGUGACUGGGUUGCAGAGUGGGAGUCCGUAACCAGACCACAACGUCAGGGAAUCAAGCAUAUGUACAAGAAAUAUUGCAGCAACUGCAUGAUCCGAGUCAACUCACCCAGUCCUCUAUCCCAUCCACUGCCUCAAGGACCAUUGGGAUAUUUUCAUGGGUGUGCCUACACUUCCUACACACACCUUAGUAUUGGCAUAGAAGAUUGUGAGGUGUCUUAUGCAAGCUGUGUGCAACGGCACAACAGUGGAUGCAACUGGCUUAAUACCACAGGUUACCAAGAAUGCUUAGAGAAAAGGAAAAUUGAGUUGCAACGAGCAACAGAAAAUCAAAAGCUUGGUUUAAACACUAUCAACCAAGAAAGCAAUUGGUAACUACCUUGCAGGUGGUAACCACUUAUCUGGAAAAAUAAUUUUAAAAAUGGGGCUGGCAACAAUUUCAUGAUUGUUUAAACUUCCCCCACUUAAACAACUAAAGAAUUGUUACAACAAGCUUUGACAAUGAAAAAAGGAUGGAAUGUUUAAACUAACAUUAUCAUAAUAGCCAAGUAUAAUAGAUCACUACAUGUAUAUAUUACUAAGCGAGGUGACAACUAAUAAUUACUGAGGUAAGAGCAAGUUCACACUGAUUAACACCUUAAAUGUACCUAAUUGACUAAAUAAUAUCAAUGAUGUCACAUCAUUGUCUUUUUGUAAUGAAUAAACAUAAUUUCCCAUUUUGAAAAAGACAAUGUCUUAUUGAUAUGGAGAUAUUUUCUUCCGUUUUUGCAUUAUCCACAACAUGAAAACAACACAAAAUUUUAAUUUCAACUGCAACAAUAUUAAGCUCAACUUUAUCGGUAAUGGAGAUGUGCAAAGACCUUUGUGCGAGCAAUAAUAAAGAAUUCUUGGAGUGUGAAAAGUAUUCCCGGGUUAUGAAUGGUCCGAGGGCAAAAACCCACAAACGGUGCGCUUCUCGUGUAUUAUCCUUUACUUAUAAACUGGAUUUUGAUCUCAUUAGUGACACUCAGUAACAUUUUGAGUGUUUGAUAGAGGUAUUAAUACUAGGUGUUACAAAAACCUCAAAAGCAAACACAGCAAGUGAUAUAUAUCAUGACACUUUUGCAUGCACAAACCUUACUUGCAAGAAGUUUAAUUAUCACAUGAACAAGACUCUUUUCUUUUAAUUCUUUUUUCGU